AUGGCGAACGUGCGGGAUAGUGACACAUCGUUGUGGCUCCACAAUAAACUCGGAACAUCGAAUGAUUCUUGGACAAGCGGCUCAAUUUGUACACAAUUAAACGCCGAAGUUCUUAAAAAUAUCAAGGAUUGCUUUCCAGAUUUGCAAACACAAGUGAAACUUAAAUUAUUGCUAAGUUUCUUUCAUAUCCCGCGCAGAAAUGUUGAAGAGUGGAGAAAUGAAUUGGAAGAGAUUAUUGAAGUGGCUGCAGUGGAUUCAGACCUUUGGGUGGCCAUGCUCGCUGAAGUUCUCAAAACAUUCCCUUCAGCGGGCACUCUUAAUACAGAGAUAGCAGAAUUUGAUGAGACUAGGCCUAUCUUCAGUGAUAUGAUAGGAGAGCUGAGACGAGCUCUAAACAAACAUUCAGACCUUGGUCUGUUACCACUUGAGUGCCUAUACUUAAACAAAAAUGCCUUAGUAUCUGUGGUGGGUCAACAACCCAAUCCAGUAAAACAUUUUACAUUGAAACGAAAACCCAAAUCAGUAGCUCUACGUAGUGAGUUGUUAGCCAAAGCGGCAGAAGCGCAAGCUAAUCAGAAAAAAGCCCAAGCACCAACAGUGCCUGUACGUAGUCGAGGCAUGCCUAGGAAAAUGACUGACACAACGCCUCUCAAAGGUCUUCCAUCCCGCUGGGCGGCGCGCACGGGGGCCCGGGUGCCGCCCGUGUCACGCCCUCCACCCAGGUCUGGUAUCAAGCUGUUGGACAUCACCGAGCAACCGGCAACACAUGCACAGAUCAAGAAGAGGAGGAAGUUGGAAAUGGAGGAAGGUGCCAAGAAAGCAACUCCUGCAGCACCCUCAUCGCCUCCACCAGAUUAUGCAAAGGGUCUUAACAACUUCCAAAUGCCCAAAGCGGACGAACAGACACCAACAGCAACAAGCAGCGAGUCUGCGACGGAAACGACGGAGGGUGCUGCGGAGGGCACCGAGGGCGAAGCCCCGCCAUCGCCGCCUCACGCGCCGCCCGCCACGCCCUUGCUCGUACAACAGGGAACGGGAGCAAAGCCGAUAGUGAUAGGGCAGCAACCCAAGCUGCUGAUCGCAGGAGGAGGAAAGCCCGUGCUACUUUCAGCGCAGAACCUUCUCAACUCUGCUGUGAUAUUGCAGGGUGGUGGCAAGGCUGUGCUUUUGCAGAAUAUCAAGCCGAUGGCUCAACAAGUUGUACAACAGACUCAACAGCCCAUACAGCAAAUAGCACAUCCGGUACAAAUGCAACAGCCGGUAGCACAAGUGCCGGCGCCGGUGCAACAACCAGCACAGCAACCACAACCGCAACAACCCAAACCGCAGCCUCCGCAACCGCAACCGCAGCAACCGGCGACGCAACCAGCGCAACCGCUAUUGCCGCGUAGAGGACUGUCCCUUACGCGCGAGCAAAUGAUGGAGGCUCAGGACAUGUUCCGGAACGCGAACCGCGUCACUCGUCCUGAGAAAGCGCUCAUACUGGGUUUUAUGGCUGGCUCCAGAGACAACCCAUGCCCGAACCUUGGCAACAUAGUGACCAUAAAGCUGUCAGAGAACAUCGAAAACGCACAUAGACGGAAUGGUACCUCAGAAAAUACCCCCCGGUUCUACGGUUAUUGCUGCGAACAACCAACAACCGGUUGUGUCGAUAGCCAACCAAAGUGUCAGUUAAGAUACGACCUUGUUCUACGAAGUUAUUGGCCUGCCUUUGUUACA